CAACAACCACCAACCGUCCAGAUCAAGUCCGUCUCUACCCUCGUUCUGCGUCGCUCCCGCUGCCCUCGUUCGUUUCGGUCCGUCGCUCGCUGCCAUCGGCUACACACGGUGGUCUUGGUCUCGCGUAUUCCUUUCACGACACCACGGCGUCGUUACCUCCUCAAAUCUCAGAACCAUACCACCAUCCCGAGAUUCCCUCCCCGCACCCGCAGCGAAGAUGGGCUUCGGGGACUUCAUGACGAUAUGCACGAAGGCGGCGAUACCAUUAUGUCCACUGGUUGGUCCGCCUUCACAGAUCGCUGGUGCUAGUGGCAUACAAGCAAGAUGCUACUCGCGGACCAUAGAGUUAGCAAACACAAUCAUAUUCCAGGGCGCCAACGACUUCAUGCAUAUUUUGGCCCUCAUAAUGACCGUUAUCAUGAUCAUACACGUCCGGUCCAAGUUUACCGCCGUUGGUCGCAAGGAGAUCACAACUUUCUUCUACAUUUACAUGCUCCUCACCAUCGUAUCACUCAUUGUUGACGCUGGCGUCACUGCACCAGGGUCUGGCGUCUAUCCGUAUUUCGUCGCUGCGCAAUGUGGUCUCGCUUCUGCACUCUGCACUUCAUUAAUGAUCAACGGAUUCGUCGGUUUUCAGCUCUACGAAGACGGUACAACACUAUCCGUAUGGCUACUACGACUAUCCUCGCUCGGCAUAUUUAUCAUCAGCGGAGCCGUCUCACUCCUCACUUUUAAGGGCUGGGCUGGUUUGAAGCCUGAUCAUCCAAUCGGCGUAUUCGUCGUGCUAUACGUUGUCAACGCGAUCCAGCUGUUCGUAUACGUGUGCAGCCAGGUUCUACUCGUUGUGGGAACCCUUGAGGACCGCUGGCCCCUCGGUGAUAUCAUUUUCGGCGUCUUCUUCUUCGUCAUUGGCCAGAUCUGCCUUUACGUCUUUAGUGAGGCAAUAUGCGAUCAGGUCCAGCAUUAUUUGGACGGGCUCUUCUUCGCGACAAUCUGCAAUCUUCUUGGCGUCAUGAUGGUGUACAAGUAUUGGGACUCGAUCACACGCGAAGACUUGGAAUUUUCCGUUGCCGUCAAGCAGCACAAUUGGGAAGUCAAGGAACUCCUCCCCGAAGAGGACAAGCGCGGAACCGUGUACAACGACUCCGAGUAUACACCAUCGAUAUAUCACCAACCCCUACCUCAAAAUCGAGCGUCACAUUACUCCGCUGUCGGUUAUUAGUGAUUGGAGGCGGCUCAUGGAUCUCGUCUUCCACAAAUAAUAUCUCUUUACGGUUCGAUUGGUUUGCAUGGCUCGGAGCUUUGGCGUAGUAGCUAGGUGCAGAUGGGCAUGGAGACCUGCCCAUGAGCUGAGUACUUCUUUGAUAUCUCUUGAUUUGUUGUGGAACGAGGGAGUUACGAAGGCUGGGAAAGGCGUUUAAGCGACGGG